UUCUGGGGUAGCCACGGGUCUCCCCCCCUGCUGUAACCUGGAAUUAAGGGUUAGGGCUCAGUUAGAUAUCCUGGACUUCGCCUCCCAUGGGCCCGAACACCCUGCUGACCAUCUCGGCUUCAACCCACCCACCCUAUCCCACUCCCGCUACACGCGUGAACGGCGUCGUAGGUAGCGGCCGACCCACCAUGCCUCCUCCUCCUCCAAGACGGCCAGCGCCGGCACCAGCGGCCGGCGCCAGCACAGACAGCGGAUCCGGCGCUGGCGCCGCGCGCAAAGAAGACAACAUCUACAUCCCCGCCUACAUCAGCAAGCAGCCCUUCUACGUCAGCGGCCUCGACGACCAUGACGACUCGCUGCAGCACCAGCGCUCCCGCGCCCCGCAUGAGGACGAGAACUUCACCAUCGAGCGCGGAGGCAGGAAGACCGGCCCGGCGCGCACCAAGUGGGUCAAGGGCGCGUGCGAGAACUGCGGCGCCAUGGGCCACAAGAAGAAGGAAUGUCUCGAGCGCCCGCGCAAGGUCGGCGCCAAGUUCACGGGCAAGGACAUCCAGGCCGACCGGACCGUCCGGGACGUGAGUUUGGGGUACGAGGCGAAACGAGACAUCUGGGCGUCGUAUGACCCCAAGCAGUACCGCGAAGUGGUGGAGGAGUACAACAUGAUUGAGGACGCGCGGCGGAAGCUGCAGGGCCAGAACGGCGACAAGACCGAAGGCGAAGACGUGUACGAGGAAGGGUUCAAAUACGCCGAGGAGUCCGAGCUGGGCAAAGACAAGACGGUAAAGCAGUCGAUGAGAAUACGGGAAGACACAGCAAAGUACCUCCUGAACCUGGACUCGGACUCGGCCAAGUACAACCCCAAGAAGCGGGCGCUCGUGGACGGCGGCGCGAUAGGAGACAAAUCCGCUAAGCUGUUCGCCGAAGAGGCCUUCCUCCGCGCGUCAGGCGAGGCAGCCGAGUUUGAGAAGGCGCAACGGUACGCGUGGGAGGCGCAGGAGAGGACAGGCGACACCUCGAUGCAUCUCCAGGCGAACCCGACCGCUGGCGAGUUCCGGCGGAAGAAGGAGAGCGAGGAGCGGGAGGCGAAGCGGAGGAAACGGGCCGAGAUGCUCGCGAGUCAGUACGGCGAGCAGCCGACCGUGCCCGAGGCGCUAAGAGCGGCCAUCACCGAGUCCGAGACCUUUGUCGAGUACGACGAGGCCGGUCUCAUCAAGGGCGCGCCACGGAAGGCGGCCAAGUCGAAAUAUCCCGAAGACGUCUUCAUCAACAAUCACACUUCCGUUUGGGGAAGCUGGUGGUCCGACUUCAAGUGGGGCUAUGCGUGCUGCCAUUCGUUUGUCAAGAACAGCUAUUGCACGGGCGAGUUGGGGAAGCUGGCAGGCAAAGAAGCUGAUUCAUGGGAUAGAUGGGGAGGAGAGGACGGGAAUAAUGGCCAGGAUGACCAGAAAGGUUCAGGUGCUACAGACAGUCCAUCACAAUGAUACCCCGUAUUUUUUUGGUCCGACUACAAUAACUGGGUUCUGGAAGCUCAAAAUUCGGCCGACAGAGACAAGAAGCUCGUUAGGAGCCUCUCUCUCACCACAGUUCAUGCUCGGCAAGCGAUGGAGAGCGUAGGCGACUCGAUGGUUGGUAAUUUG